AAAGUCUUCAACAACAUGAAAUUUUUAGUAGUUUUUGCAACUUUGUGCCUUUUGCAAGCAAUUGCUGGCCAGGAAAUCAAGGAGGGCCAUAAACUUAAUGCUCAUAAUCAUGGUCUCAUUGGAGUACAAGUGGAUAAACAGGAUGAUGCCUCAGGUCAUAAGGGAGAGGAACAAAUUGCUCAACAAAUUUCUCGAAAUCAAGAUGCUGGUGAAAUAACUGUUGAAAUCCCCUCCAAAGUUCAACAAAUUGUCACCCAAGUCUCUCAACACAUACCCAUUGUGGUAGGACAACACAUUGCCAACCUAAAACGUAUGCAGCGCUCUCCCAAAAAUCUAAGUGAUUGGCAACUCCAGCAAUUAAAGGCUGGGGAAAGACCCCACUCAUGUGAUUUCAUAUGCAAUCAGGUAGAUGUAGCCAUAUGUGGUUAUAAUGGACGCUGCUAUCAGGAAUUUGAAAGCCAAUGUGAAUUGAAUACUUAUAAUUGUAUGAAUUCACAGAAAAUUUUCGAAAUUGUGGAUAAGUUCAACUGUCAAGACAUCAGCUUCCCGAAAUGUUAUCGUGGUGAUAUGUAGAUGAACAAACAAGGAUUUUGGUAAUCAAAUGUAAUUAAGAAAUCUUUAAAAAAUACUUAAUAAAAUUUAAUAAAAAAAUCUUUAAUUUCAAAAACUUAAAAUAGAAA